AUGAUCCAGCUUGCAUCAAUGCUGGCUUUCCUCAUGAACAAGUUCAGAUCGCAGAAUAAUAGCAAAUCCAGAAGGAGCCCUUCCGAACGCCACUAUGAUGGUUCCUUCGAUGGGGAAACAAUAUACAAGUACUUCGGCAACCAUGUUAUCAAGAGUCACAACACCUCAGAUGGACUCCCUGUCGCCAUUAAAUUCAAAACUAAAGGCUUCUUCUGGCAGUCAGAGGCGGAUAUGAUGGCCUAUGUGCAUUCUCAGAACCUCUUGGCUCCUGCUGUCUGGGAAUGCCGCCAACUCGACAAUCAUCGGAUUGCAAUGAUUGCCGACUUUGUGCCAGGCAAUCCACUGGAUGAGGUCUGGCCAACAUUGAACAAAGAGCAACACACAUCAAUCAAGGAACAGCUUGCAUACCAUUUAAAGAUUUUGAGGUCAUACACCCAACCAUAUAUCGGACGUGUCAAUCACCAGCCUACCCGCAAUCCAUAUGAAGGAAUUGAGACCAAGUUCAUGGGUCCUUUUGAUUCAGAGGCCGGGUUCGAUGAAUGGUGUCUUUCCCGUGUAAAGAACUCGUCUGAGAAAAGCAAGUGGAGGAAGGCACUUGCAGAAUUACGGAGGAAAAGUCCAUCAAGGUUUGUGCUCACGCACGGAGACCUCUUUCCACGGAAUAUCCUUGUUAAAGAUGGGAAGAUAACAGGUAUUGUGGAUUGGGAGCGCAGCAGCUUUUAUCCAGAGUAUGUUGAGUACACACUUGCUGCAUGUCUGUAUGACUAUGGGGGAGAGGAGUGGUGGAAGCCCUUACUGAUGGAAAUCUUGACUCCCUGUAUUCCAGAGCGACUAGAAUUCCAGAGUUUGAUAUACAAUCGGGGAUAUUGA